AUGAGCCUAGUACUAAGUUCCGAUUCAUCCGCUGUCCUAACGACACUGCUCCGUUACCCCUCACCAGAUCCUUAUAAUCCCUUGAGCUUCGUUCAUGAUGGGUUAUAUUUGGAGCAAAACCCUACACCUGAGCGUGGGGCAUUUCUGAUCUCCAAGUACUCAGGAAAACCUCCUGAUUCAUCCAAGAUGUCCGACCUAGCAGGAAGCAAAAUGCGCGCAGGGAGAAAGUUUCAAUUUCGCAGCGACUUAAGAGAUGCGAGUGGAGCAAGCUCUCCUUCGAGGUCUCCAGCUAGAAGCAGCCCGUUGAGCAUCGAGGCUCUGCUCCAGGAUGUCUCGGAGGGUAUACAGCGGCGUACAGAGACUUGGGGAGUGGCGAAGGCUGUUCGUGGUGCUGUUAACGAAGCGAAGAAGAAUAUGCAGGUAAUCCAGUCCGAACACACUUCCCGGAUGGUGAAACAUGGCGAUGCGGCUAUUAUUUGUGGCGCCGAUCCAUCAUUACGGCAAGAUCUCGAAACCGUCGUUCAACUAAAGGCCAAGGUCAAAGGUCUCGAGGAGAGGAAUCGGAUGCUUGCCAACACCCUCGGCCAGGCAGUGAACGAUAUACGCUCGCAGGUGGCAAAGAACGAAGCUGUGGACCCCAAUGCUGCAAAUGUUAUAGAACAAGCUCUUUCCAAGGUCCAAUCGGUUCGAACUACUCUUGAAACACCUUUUUCUACCCCGGAUGCGAGGCCAUAUAUCUCAGCCAGUGAGAAGCCACAGGAGGAAAAACACGCGACACCUACCGAAGUAGAACGCAAUCUGCCGGAAAAUGCUAAGUUUGCGCGUUCAUCUCUUGAUUAUCCUGCGUCAGAUACAACCAUUGGCAAGUCUCCCGUUGGAAGUCCGCCUGGCCAACGCAACGUCCUAUCAGCAAAACCAGUCAACAGCCCUAAACCGCUGCGGCAUGCCAUGCGCCCAUCGUUGGCAGACUCUGGAUUUUCAUGGAUGCUGGGAGAAGACCGCCAUCUUUCCAGCUUUGUUAGUCCAGCAUCAGUGCCACCUGAACAAACCAGACACGGCGAAGCUAAAACCAAGCAAAAUGCCCUGUUCGGCAAUGGUGAUACUCAGCAAAAGAGUCCACAAACAGAACCUGACGGAAUGGCUUUAAAUAGCUUGAGAGGCGGCAAGGGCUGCGAGAAUUUAUGA